AUGCGGUUCACCCCCUCCAUUGCCGCUGCCAUGUUGGCCUACACUGCUGUUGCAGCGCCUGUCCAACUUCCUACAAAGAACGGGCAGGCCUCCUUUGACCACGACCUCUUGAAUAUCGGCGUCCCGGAGGAAUUCGGGCCACAUCGCCGGGACAUCGAGCCAUCCAAGGACGAGCAGCUGGGACCAAUUCCCCUUGCCGUUUCUCCUAAUGGCCUGCUUGAGCCCGUUCCGGAUAACAAUCAGUCUUUCGAUGACGAGGAGCAGGCGUGGAAGGCGUGGAAGGCAGCCUUGGAGCAAGGCUACGAGAAAGAUUCCGACCUCGGUGGCCCCGAAACUACGUCCACUGGCCUCCCUUUCGACAGCCAUCCCGACAACGUCGAAAACUUCCCUACCAUCGUCGACACGGACGCCCAGGAAAAUCAGACUGACGCCAACCAAUCCCUGGCUCGAAGAAAUACUCUCUUCACACCAGAGCAGGUCGAGGCGUACAAGGUGGGCAGCAACAUCGACCUCAGAAUGAGCAUGUUGGAGCUCUACGACAAGCUCGUCUACCUGAACAGAAACAAAGGCCUGACCAUGGACGAGGCAAAUCGCAAGAUUGACAUCCAGGCCGAAGUCGUCGUCGCGACCAUCAGGCGCAACUUCCUUCAAGACGCCCCGGACUUUGGCCCAAUGCUUCAAGAUGUUCAGCAAAGGAUCGCUGCCGAGAUCGAGACUCAUCCACCGCCUCCCAAAUCCACCCUGACGGAAAAUCAGAUUCAAAAUGACCUGGGCAGUUUGCAUGCCUACUACCUCGUUGUGGCUUUAGAGUCCAAAAUAGAGACGCUCGCUAGAAAGAGCAUGCUUGACAAGACAACUGGCCGCCGAGCGGUGAGUGCUACCCGGGACAUGAUCAAGGUCAUCACUGGGCUAUCGAAGGCGGAUUGCGACAACUACCUCAAGCAGGUGGACAUAAUUGAAAUCCUCAUGAGGUUUAUGGUCCAGAAGUAUCACCAGCAACUCCCGUCUGGCACCCUUCCGGAGCUCCCCCGUCCGGCCGCAUUUGAAUUCGGCCAAGUAAAGCCGUCCAUCUUGGCUCGAAGCAUGUACAAAUACAACAACAACAACGACAACGACAACAAAGACAACGACAACACCCACAACACCAACAACAACAACCGCGAUGGCAAACCCGACUCGAUUACGAACGCCAUCCAAACACGAGACUUCCCCGAGAACCAGCCCAACGAGUCCGAAAUCGACCCAGACUCCUUCUGGAGCGACUUCGGCGCGCCCGAAUGCAUGCACUUCCUCGAGGUUGCCGACGGGGAGGAAGGCUUCACGGCUGAGCACUGCGACAGGUUCGCGGCGUGCCAGGAGCGGGUGGGCCAGCUGCCUCCGCUGCCCAAGACGGUUGAUCAGUACGGUAUGGCCGAUCAGGGGCAGGACGGGGAGGAGGAGGAAGAUUAG